AUGAGGAAGCAGCUCGACCCCCGAAUUCCGGCGCUGAUCAACCAUGGCGUCAAGACGAAUCACCGUUCCUUCUUCGUCCUAGUCGGAGACCGUGGUCGUGACCAGGUUAGUUGCCGAGCUGUGUGUCCUUCAGCAGAGCUGACCAUCCCAGGUUGUCAACCUGCACUUCCUGCUCUCGCAGGCUCCCACCGCAAGAAGCGCGAGGCCAAGAUUAAGCGCGACAUCAAGCGUGGCAUUCGUGAGGCCAACGAGCAGGACCCUUUUGAGCUCUUCAUCACUGUCACCGAUAUCCGUUAUGCCUACUACAAGGACUCGGCCAAGAUCCUUGGUCAGACCUACGGCAUGCUUGUCCUCCAGGACUACGAGGCGAUCACGCCCAACCUUCUCGCGCGAACGAUCGAGACGGUUGAGGGAGGAGGUAUUGUUGUUCUCCUUCUUAAGACGAUGUCUUCGCUGAAGCAGCUCUAUACGAUGGCCAUGGAUGUCCACAACCGUUACCGCACCGACGCCCACCAGUUCGUUCAGCCCCGCUUUAACGAGCGCUUCAUUCUCUCUCUUGGAUCCAAUCCUGACUGUCUUGUCUUGGACGAUGAGCUGAACGUCCUCCCUCUGAGCAAGGGCAAGGAUAUUGUUGCGUCGAAGGAGGACGACGACCGGGGACGGAAGCGCAAGAUGGAGGAGCUUAAGGACAUGAAGGAGGAGCUGGGCACCGUUGACAUUGUCGGUCCCCUGGCCAAGCUGACCAAGACGGUCGACCAAGCUAAGGCGCUCCUGACGUUCGUUGAGGCGAUCUCCGACAAGACUCUCUCGUCGACCGUGGCUCUCACAGCCGGCCGUGGUCGUGGAAAGUCGGCUGCUCUCGGUAUCGCUGUGGGUGCCGCGAUCGCCCACGACUACUCCAACAUCUUCGUCACGUCGCCCGACCCGGAGAACCUGAAGACUUUCUUCGAGUUCGUCUUCAAGGCUCUCGACGCUCUGGGUUACGAGGAGCACGUCGACUACGAUAUUGUCCAGUCGACGAACCCUGAGUUCAAGAAGGCGAUCGUUCGUGUUAACAUCUUCCGAGGCCACCGCCAGACGAUCCAGUACAUCUCGCCCGAAGACGCUCACGUUCUCGGACAGGCCGAACUGGUCAUUAUCGAUGAGGCUGCCGCGAUCCCCCUCCCUCUCGUCCGCAAGCUUAUCGGCCCGUACCUUGUCUUCAUGGCUUCGACCAUCAACGGUUACGAGGGAACUGGUCGCAGUCUGUCGAUCAAGCUUAUUCAGCAGCUCCGUGAGCAGUCCCGACCGGCUGCGAUCAACUCGAAGGCGGAGAAGGGCGAGUCGAAGGCUGGCUCCGCGGGCCGUGGCGGUGCCGGUCUCAGCCGAACGCUCCGCGAGAUCAAGCUGGACGAGCCGAUCCGUUACGCCCCCGGCGACGAAGUUGAGUCGUGGCUCAACCGCCUGCUGUGUCUCGACGCUACAGUUGUCUCGAAGGCGGCGCAGGGCUGCCCGCACCCCUCGCAGUGCGAGCUGUACUACGUCAACCGUGACACUCUGUUCUCGUACCACGCCGCUUCCGAGGUCUUCCUGCAGCGCAUGAUGGCUCUCUACGUCGCGUCGCACUACAAGAACUCGCCGAACGAUCUCCAGAUGCUCUCCGACGCUCCAGCGCACCACCUCUUUGUUCUUCUCCCCCCGCUCAAGGAGGACGACAACAGCCUUCCGGACCCGCUCGUUGUGCUCCAGGUCGCCCUUGAGGGUAACAUCUCGCGCGAGGCGAUUCUGAAGCAGCUCGCGCACAGCGGCAGCUCUGCCAGCGGCGACAUGAUCCCUUGGGUCAUGUCCCAGCAGUUCCAGGACAAUGACUUUGCCAUGCUGUCUGGUGCGCGUGUCGUGCGUAUUGCCACGCACCCCGAUUAUUCGCGCAUGGGUUACGGAGCCCGCGCGCUCGACGCCUUGAACGGCUACUACUCUGGCGAGCUCACGAACUUGGACGAGGUGCUCGAGACGCCCGAGUACAGCGCGCCCAAGAUGAACGGCGAGCUGUCGACUGAGACGAUUGCCGUGCGUGAUGUCGCGCGCAUGCCGCCGCUUCUCCAGCGCCUCUCCGACCGCCGCCCCGAGGUGCUCGACUACCUCGGCGUUUCGUUCGGUCUUACCCCUGAGCUGCUCCGUUUCUGGAAGAAGGCGGGAUACGUCCCGCUCUAUGCCUCGCAGAAGGAGAACCCGCUCACGGGCGAGUACACGUUCCUCAUGCUGCGCGCCCUCCGCUCCAACGUCGCCACUGCCCAGUGGCUUCCCGCCUUUGCGACUGACUUCCGCCACCGCUUCAUCGCUCUUCUUGGCUACGACUGCUUCAAGAAGUUCCCGUCGCAGGUUGCUCUCAGCGUCAUCGACGCCGCGAGCAGGAAGGACGAGGAGGUGCAGGCCAUCAGCGCGGCUGAGCUCAACGCGCUCAUCACGCCGUUCGACCUGAAGCGUCUCUCGUCCUACGCUGACCAGAUGGUGGACUACCACCUCAUCCUCGACCUCAUCCCGACCAUCGCGCGGCUAUUCUUCACCCGCCAGCUGCCCACGACCCUCUCGCCGGCGCAGCAGGUCGUCCUCCUUUCGCUUGGUCUGCAGCGCAAGCCCGUCGAGAGCCUCGAGACCGAGCUCGGUACUCCAGCCCACCAGGUCCUCGCGCUCUUCGGCAAGACGAUUCGCCGUAUUGUCAAGGUCCUCCAGGACAUCCAGAAGGCGGAACUCGGCGCCGACCUUCCUACCGAGGAGCAGGCCGAGGCUGCCGCCAAGGCCAAGACUUCGGGCCCAGCCGCCACCACCGUGGACCAGGAUAUCGCUGAGGCCGCUUCCGAGGAGAAGCAGAGGCAGCGUGAGCUCCUCGACACCAUUGAUAUGAGCGAGUACGCCAUUGACCAGGGUGCCGACUUUAGCUCCGCCGCCGAGAAGGUUAGGGCCCUCGCUGAGGCGACUCCCGAGCAGAGGAAGAAGAUGAACACAACCGUCACCGUCAAGGGCACGGCGCCGGUUGAGGAGAAGAAGGAGACGAAGGAGAAGCGCAAGGAGAACGGAGGCGACAAGGGCAACAAGCGCAAGAAGCACAAGCGCGAAUAG